UUUCGAAAGUUGUUUUGUUCUGUCUGUUGAAUGCCUGGCGGUCACACCGCCGAGCAGCUGCGCUGGAAAGCACCUGAAGUGAUUCCCGUUGCACACAGCCUCCACUGCGGCCAUGACGCUUUGAUACACACCUGACGGAAGCAGCAGCAGGUAAGAGCAGAGCAUAGACAUGGCCAUUGCACACGUGGCUACAGAGUACGUGUUCAGCGACUUUCUGCUGAAGGACCCGAACCAGGCUCGAUACCGCAACGUUCGAACGGAGCUCGCCGUGGACAAGAUCGUGACCUGCGUGGCCGUGGGCCUUCCCCUCCUCCUCAUCUCUCUGGCCUUCGCUCAGGAGGUCUCAGUCGGUACUCAGAUCAGCUGCUUUGCUCCGACUAACUUCUCAUGGAGGCAGGCAGCUUAUGUGGACUCCUUCUGCUGGGCGGCCGUGCACACACAGGCUCUACCUCUGUGGCUGCACAAGUUCUUUCCUUACAUCCUGCUGCUGGUGGCCGUGCUCAUGUACGCCCCGGCGUUGUUCUGGAGAUUUUGCGCUGCGCCGCUCCUGCAGUCUGACCUCGCCUUCAUCAUGGAGGAGCUGGACCGCUGUUAUAACCGCGCCGUCACUCUGGCCAAACGGAUGGCGACAGCGGAGCAGCCGUCCGCUGACAGCGAUCCCACCGAGGGCUGCUUCAAUUACCCAAUGGUGGAGAAGUUCUUGAUGACCAAGCGCUGCUCUCGAAAGCUGAUCAUUUACUACCUCCUGUGCCGCGUUCUGACUCUGCUCACCCUGCUCUGCGCCUGCGUCUGCCUGGGCUACUACCUCCGCCUGGCCUCCACUACAGACGACUUCGGCUGCAAGCUGCGUGUCGGCCUGCUCGAGUCGGACACCAGCGUCCCCGACAGGGUGCAGUGUAAGCUCAUCGCCGUGGGAGUCUUCUCCUUGCUGAGCUUCGUAAACUUGAUCGUCUUCGCCACGUUGAUUCCAGUUGUGAUCUACGCCAGUCUGCGUCCCCUCUACUGCUAUGACCACGCCCACUUCCUUGAAACCUACCAAUCACUGCCCACUGUGAGCGUCCUGCCCAAACCCGGUGGCCAAUGUGACGAUCUCUCGCUCUACAUACUCCUACUGGAGGAGAACAUCAGUGAACUGAAAUCCUACAAAUAUAUGAAGGUGUGUAUUUUAAAGCAUCAGAAAUGA